UGCUGGUAUGGAAUGCAGAAGAUAUGGGAAGCCUGAGUUUUUAACUUCUCAUAGCCAACAAUUCUGGGUUAACUGUGCUGCCUAGCUGAUGGAGCUGAUGCAACAGGGUGUAGUACUAAGCUUUCUCAGGCUUGGACUCCUUACAGUUUGCAAUGUUCCUUCUUUUUUGCCCCUGUCUGGGUCUUGGGAUCUUCAGAGUUUGCAAGAAGACUUUGGUUUGUUCUUUUAAAAACCAUUGAGUGCUUAGAUUCUGUGUCAUUAAGCAGAAUAGAAGUAUUUGGAAAAAUAGAUGUAGUUUGUGACUGAAAAUUCACCACGCUGCUUGUGUCUACCAUCCUGGCAGUUUCUCUUGCUCCAGAAACAAACAAUACAUGAAUAAUCCACAUUAUUUUCUUUUUGUGCAUGCAGGUCAGCUUUGGAGGUAGUUGUUGCUGGUUACAAGGAGAGUUUCAGACAUUCACAAAACCAGAUAUGCCUUUGUGGUCUCAGUGGUGGUGUAAGCCAUGAAGUUGUGUUGCAGACGUGGUGUAUGUUCAGUUUUGCUUUCAUUUUGAAAGGUCUGUGCUUGCUGAGGUGCGAGAUGUCUGCCCUGAGGCUGGUCUCUAACAGAACCUCCCAGCAGGCCCUGUCUAACUCUGAUUACACCUGGGACUACGAGUACUAUGAGUAUGGACCAGUGUCAUUUGAAGGCCUGAAGGCUCAUAAGUAUUCCAUUGUGAUUGGAUUUUGGGUUGGUCUUGCAGUUUUUGUCAUCUUCAUGUUUUUUGUCCUGACCCUGCUGACAAAGACAGGAGCACCACAUCAAGACAAUGCAGAACUUUCUGAAAAAAGAUUUCGAAUGAACAGCUUUGUGGCGGAUUUUGGAAGAUCUUUGGAGUCUGAGAGGGUCUUUUCUCACCAAAUGGUUGAAGAAUCCCAGUCACUUUUCCAUUUCUGCAUUAAUGAAGUGGACCAUAUGAACAAAGAAAAAGAGAGUCAGAAAGGUCCAAGUCUGGAGAGUAAUACUCACUUCCAGGAGGUUCCCAAAAGCAGUGGAACAUUCGAGGAAGACCUACAUUGUCUUACAAAAUUUAACAUUCCUAACUUUGUGAACACUGAGCAGAACUCUUCACUAGGUGAAGAUGAUCUCCUCAUCUCAGAGCCACCAAUCAUUUUAUAAAGCAAGCUGGUUAUGCAAUCUUCCCAUCGGAUCCUUUACUGAAAAAAUAUUUUACUUUAAGGUAAACAUUCCCGUUACUGUCCAGUUUGAAGCCUUUCUUGGCCUCCUGCUCUUUUGACAGAAGGUAAUUCAGAUGUGCUUUUUAUUGUAUGCAAGACUGGCUGUACUGACAGAACUGUUUAGCCAAGAAGUAAGACAUUGAAUGCUUUAUUCUUAUGCCUUCUGUGAUCUAAAACUUCUGCUCAGUAUUAUUUUUGCUUUUUUAUUUAUUUUUUGUUCCUUUCUUGUAUUGUUCUUAAUUUUUAAAUGACUACUUAUGACCAGCUUCUGAAAGAUAAUAAUUUACAUGGACUGUGAAGGCUGGAGCCUGGCAUUGGGAGGUCUAUGAAAAUUCAUUGGCCAAGAAAAAUGCAAAUCUCAAAGACUGAAGAAAGGAAUAAACAGCCCCUGGGGAGGUUCUGUAGUUUCUGCUACUCCCAAUAAGGAUGCCUGAAGCUGAGCAGCACAAUAAGUAUCUGCUUGGGACUAACUUCAAUUUCUGACCCCUAACUGCUUUCUGGUGCAGGUUAAACCCAAUUUACAAAGCUUCCAGAGGGAAUACCUUGGAAAUGAAAUAGUUUGGUUACAGUGUUUACAAAAUGCUAUCACUAGCUGCUGCUGAGUAAAAGCAAACUGUUGCCUGUAAUUAUACUUCAGAAUGAUACCUCAGCAGCUGACCCAUGAUGACAUGGAAUUAGUAUUCUACACACUAGCACAAACUGUGAUUUUAUUUUAUUUUUUUCCCUGUUAAUUGCUGAUAUGAACUUCCAGUUCAGUAAUUACAGGAUUCAGUAGUUAA